GCGCAGUGAUACUCCGAAGUGGAAAGUUCAUCGUCGCUUCGUUCGCGGUCGUAGUCGCUUCGUCAAAUUCAAACUUACAAAAUUAUAUUUUUAUAUAAUUAAUUAUUAUUAAAAUAAAAAGAGCUUCUUCAAAGCGUCGAUUCCAAAUCUUCAAUUUUCUUUUUCAUAAGUUGGUCCAUCAACCACCGAUAAAGUUCUCGCCGAGUUCUAAAUUCUGACAAACUGAUCGAUGAAUUGCUGAGCUGAUUUCUACAAAAUUAGGGUUUCAAUUCGUCGGGAAAUUGUCAGAUUUAGGAAAGAACAAUGUUGGAGAGAAGAUGUUGGCCGACGAUAGAUCUAAUGAGAUCAGAGGAAAUGCAAUUGGUUCAGUUGAUUAUUCCGAUUGAAUCUGCUUAUCGUACAAUUUCUUAUGUGGGCGACCUUUCGCUUUUCCAAUUUAAGGAUCUGAAUACUGAAAAAAGCCCGUUUCAGAGGACUUAUGCUUCUCAGAUAAAAAGAUGUGGGGAAAUGGCUCGCAAGAUAAGGUUCUUUAAGGAGCAUAUGACAAAAGCUGGUUUACUUCCCUCAACAAGGUUUCCUUGUAGAGACGGUGUACAUUUGGAUGCAUUAGAGAUGACACUUGGUGAACUCGAGGCUGAGCUCCUAGAGAUGAAUGCAAAUAGUGAAAAACUACAGCAUACAUACAACGAGCUUAUAGAAUUUAAGUUGGUGCUGCUGAAGGGUGCUGAGUUUUUCCAUUCAGCUUUUAAUACAGCAGCUCAGAAGACAGAAAAUGAAGCACGUCGCUUGGGUGAAAAAUCAAUCGACAGUCCAUUAUUACGAGAACAGGAGAUGAUGGUUGAUCCAUCAAAACAAUAUACGCUUGGGUUCAUCUGUGGUCUGGUCCCUAGAGAGAAAUCAAUGGCGUUUGAGAGGAUUCUUUUUCGGGCAACCAGGGGAAAUGUUUUUCUGAAGCAAGCGGUGCUUGAAUAUCCUGUUGUUGACCCUGCAUCAGGCCACAAGGUGGAGAAAAAUGUUUUUGUGAUCUUCUACUCCGGAGAAAGGGCAAAAAGCAAAAUAGUAAAAAUAUGUGAUGCGUUUGGAGCAAAUUGUUACUCCUUCUCUGAUGACCCGGAAAAGCAACAACUGAUGAUGAAAGAGGUCACUGCAAGACUGACUGAGCUGAAGACUACUAUAGAUGUUGGUCAUGUGCACCGUGACAAUGUCUUAAGUACAAUUGGAUCCCAAAUUGAACAGUGGCACCAUUUGGUAAAGAAGGAGAAAUCCAUUUAUCACACGUUGAAUAUGCUCAGUAUAGAUGUGACAAAGAAGUGCCUUGUUGCAGAAGGUUGGUGUCCAGUUUUUUCAACAAAAGAGAUUCAAGAUACAUUGCAACAAGCUACAUACGACAGUAACUCACAAGUUGGGUCAAUAUUCCACAUUUUGCCAACAAAGGAAUCACCACCAACUUACUUCCGCACAAACAAAUUCAAUAGUGCUUUUCAAGAAAUUGUGGAUGCAUAUGGGGUUGCCAAGUACCAGGAAGCAAAUCCCGGUGUAUACACAAUCAUCACAUUCCCUUUUUUAUUUGCUGUAAUGUUUGGUGAUUGGGGCCAUGGUAUAUGUUUGUUUUUGGCAACAUUGUACUUGAUCUUGAGGGAAAAAAAGUUCUCCAGUCAGAAACUUGGAGAUAUCAUGCAGAUGGCGUUUGGUGGUCGUUAUUUAAUUAUGAUGAUGGCUUUAUUUUCUAUAUACACGGGACUGGUUUAUAAUGAGUUCUUUUCACUCCCAUUUGAGCUGUUUGGACCCUCUGCCUAUGCAUGUCAUGAUCCUUCAUGCCGGGAUGCUUCUACUGCUGGCGUAAUUAAAGUACGUGAUACUUACCCAUUCGGGGUGGAUCCUGUAUGGCACGGGAGCCGCAGUGAACUGCCAUUUCUAAACUCUUUGAAGAUGAAAAUGUCAAUUCUUAUAGGAGUGGCACACAUGAAUCUUGGAAUCAUAUUAAGCUACUGUAAUGCAAAAUUCUUCAAAAAUGACCUUAAUAUCUGGUAUCAGUUUGUUCCCCAGAUAAUUUUUUUAAACAGUCUAUUUGGCUACCUUUCUCUCCUAAUCAUUGUCAAAUGGUGCACUGGCUCUAAAGCUGAUCUGUACCAUAUACUAAUAUACAUGUUCCUUAGUCCUACUGAUGACCUUGGGGAGAACCAGCUAUUUUUUGGUCAGAAGUUUCUUCAGAUUCUGUUGCUCUUUCUGGCUCUUAUUUCUGUACCAUGGAUGCUCUUUCCGAAGCCUUUUAUUCUGAAGAGGCAACAUGAAGAACGGCACCGGGGUCGUUCCUAUGCACCUCUUGAUAAUACUGAUGAUUCCUUGGAUUUUGAGAUGGAGAAUGAUUCACACGGACAUGGUGAAUUUGACUUUAGUGAAAUUUUUGUUCACCAACUAAUACACACCAUCGAAUUUGUGCUUGGAGCAGUUUCAAAUACAGCUUCAUAUUUGCGGUUAUGGGCUCUGAGUCUUGCACAUUCAGAACUGUCAAGUGUGUUCUUUGAUAAAGUGCUACUUCUGAGCUGGGGGUAUAACAACAUUUUCAUCCUCGGCAUUGGCGUUAUUGUUUUUAUAUCUGCUACUGUUGGAGUGCUAUUAGUGAUGGAAACUCUUAGUGCAUUCCUACAUGCUAUGCGACUUCACUGGGUGGAAUUUCAGAAUAAGUUCUUCGAGGGAGAUGGUUACAAGUUUCAGCCAUUCUCAUUUGCCGGCCUUAACGACGAAGAUGAGUAAUACUGCUAAUACAUGGUUCCAAGUCCAUUACCUAUUGAGCAGUAAGGGCUUUCAACUUUGACAACUUCCUCAAUCGGCUUUAUAUCUGCGUCCACAUUUGACAUAGUGGAGAUCUACUAGUGUGGUUGUCGGUUGCCAUCCUGAUUGCUGGUUGCGGAUUAUGUACAUUGACAUCAUUGACUAGGAUCCCAUGUACACCAAUCAAGCAUAGUGAAAAUUCUAUACAUAGAAUACGCGCCAAGUUGGUUAUACACACUACAUGUAACAUCUUAUAUUGCUACCUAAAUGAAAUCUCAGUCAUAUCAAUUUUUUGUUAUUUGGUUGACAGGAUGAGUCUUAAUUAGGUCUUGUAAGAUAGUUUAAACAGUAUGCUCAUUCUAAGGCAGUCCUCUUUAAAAUUUUGCGCGGUUGAAGACUGCAAAGAAUUGUAUACUAUGAAUUCAAAGGCAUUCAUUUGUUAAAUCAUUCUUAUUUGUAAUUUUUUCAA